CAAUUUCGCGUCUCCUUCUUCUUCCAACCCUUUUCCACAAAAUUCACAAUCUUGAAAUCGAAUCAAUGACUUCAUCAGCGCCUGUAAUUGUCCCAAUUUCCAACACCCAAUCCACCGGCGCCGCUCAAUCUCAGCCGCCAAUCGCAACUCCGGCUAUCCGUUCAUUCAUCUCCAACAUUUCCGAAACAGUCCGCAAUGGUUUCGCCCAACGACGUCCUUGGUCCGAGCUAAUCGACCGAUCUGCCUUCUCUAGGCCGGAUUCAAUAUCUGAAGCUACACAGCGUAUUCGCAAGAACUAUUCCUAUUUCCGUGUAAAUUACUCCGCCCUAAUCGCUGUUGUUCUCGGCAUUUCUCUCCUUUCAAACCCCUUCUCUCUGAUCCUCCUUGUUGCUCUUCUCGCCGCUUGGAUCUUCCUCUAUCUCUUCCGACCGGCAGAUCAGCCGGUUGUGUUUUUUGGGCGAACAUAUUCUGAUAAGGAAACUCUGGGUAUUCUUGUUAUUACUAGCAUAGUUGUGAUCUUCUUGACAUCGGUCGGUUCGGUUCUGAUCUCUGCAUUGGUUGUUGGGUUGGCUAUUGUUUGCACCCAUGGAGCUUUUAGGAUGCCGGAAGAUCUGUUCUUGGAUGAUCAAGAAGUUGGAUCUACUGGAUUCCUUUCAUUCCUCUCUGGUCCAUCUGCCAAUUCUGUUGCUUCUGUUGUGGCUGCUCGUGUUUGAGGAUCAUCAGAUCUGUGGGUAUAAUUUGCAGUCUGCUUUAUGAAUUUGUUAUAUCAUUCAAAUGAUCUUUGUUCAUUUUUUAGUCUCGUAUACUGUCUUUCUGUUCUUUUUCAUGCGUUUAGACUGAUUAUUACAUAACAAGAGUCAUAUUAUCCAUGUUUAUCUUGAUUUUGGAUUGAUGGAUGAUGGAUGAUGGAGGGAAACAAGAAAGUAGCUAUUUUUUUUCUUUCUUUUUUAUUGAAAAUGCAAAUUUGCUACUA